AUGGCAAAUUUCACUGAGGAAACGAUCUCGGUAGCCGGUAGCAACCUACAGGUGUUCAAGGGCGGCAGCGGCGACCCGCUGCUGGUGCUACAUGGCGCCGGAGGCAACUCCGGGCCCCGCCGCUACGCCCAGGCGCUGGCGGAGAAGUUCACCGUCUACCUGCCGUCGCACCCCGGCUACGGCAAGAGCGACCGCCCCGAAUGGGUAGAGUCGAUGCAGGAUCUGGCCUGUUUCUACACCUGGUUCCAGGAGCAGGAAGGGCUGGAGAACGUGCGGGCCGUUGGCUUUUCCAUGGGUGGUUGGCUGGCCGCCGAAAUGCUGUCGAUGACAGGACACGCCUUCAGCAAGGUUAUGUUGGUCGGCGCCGCGGGUAUCAAACCUCAGGACGGCGAGAUUGCCGACAUUUUCAUAAUCAGCCCGGCGCAGGUGCGCGAACUGGUGUACCACGACCCCGCGCAGGUGCCGGAGUGGGACGAGCUAUUCGGCAGCGACCCAACACCCGAGCAGGCGAACCAGGCGGAGGGCGACCGGGAAAUGGCGAUCCGCCUCACCUGGAAGCCGUACAUGUACAACCCGCGGCUGCCGGCCAAACUGGCGCGGGUCAGCGUGCCAACCCACAUCGUCUGGGGCGAACAGGACGCGCUGGUGCCGGUGGAGUGCGCCGACCUCUACCAGCAGGCCCUGGCCGGCUCUGAGGUUACGGUCAUAUCGAACUGUGGCCACUCGCCGCAGAUUGAGAAACCCGACGAAUUCGCGCAAACCGCGCUGGCGUUUUUUUAG